GGCCCCGCGUCCGGCGCCGAGAGGCGGAGCAGGGGGAAUUGUGGCUUCCGUCUUCCCGCCCUCGGUGUUGGUGUAAGCGGAGCCGGGAGUGGGGCGGCGGGGAAGGAGGAAGGUUUAUUUGUUGAGUGCCCCUGCAGGGAUGGUUUCGCUGUUGCCGCGCAUCGAGCGGCUCUCGUCGCGGGUGGUGCGGGUGCUGGGCUGCAACCCGGGACCCAUGACUCUGCAGGGCACCAACACCUACCUGGUGGGCACCGGCUCCAGAAGAGUCCUUAUUGACACUGGGCAGCCGAAUACUCCUGAAUAUAUUGGCUGUUUGAAGCAGGCGCUGUCAGAGUUCAACAUCUCAAUUCAAGAAAUUUUAGUGACACACUGGCAUUAUGAUCACGUUGGUGGAAUAUCUGAUAUCUGUGAAAACAUCCCUAAUGACUCAGAAUAUCGCAUCAGUAAGCUUCCUCGUGUCCCUCACCGUGAAGAAAAUAUAAGAGGAGGACAUAAAUAUUUUUAUCUUAAAGAGGGAGAUGUGGUGCAGACAGAAGGAGCCACACUCAGAGUUUUAUAUACACCUGGACACACUGAUGAUCAUAUGGCUUUACAUCUAGAAGAAGAAAAUGCUAUAUUUUCUGGUGACUGCAUUUUAGGGGAAGGAACAACAGUAAUUGAAGACCUGCAUGACUACAUGAAAACUUUGGAGAGGUUGUUACAAAUGAAAGUAGAUUUAAUAUAUCCUGGUCACGGCCCAGUAGUACGUGAUGCAAAUACUAGAAUCCAGGGCUACAUUUCUCACCGAAUUGCACGUGAACAGCAAAUUCUGAAUGUUUUCCAGAAGAAUGUUGGAAAAUCAUAUACAUCCUCAGAACUUGUAAAGAUAGUGUAUAAGGAGAUCCCUGAAAAUUUACUUCGAGCAGCAGAAAGUAACCUCCUAGUGCACUUGAAGAAGUUGGAGAAAGAAGAAAAAGUGUUACGUGAGGACUCUCCCAACCUCAGAUGGAAAAACAAUUUAUAAGUCACACAAGAUUGCUCAAGAAUAUUUUAAAUCUGCACAGUUGCUGCAUGAAAAAAUAAAAUGAUGAGCUGGGACAACAAGCAAAAUCACAACUAAUUCUUCCAUUAUUUUCUU